AUGGCUGCAGGUUCCCGUGACCAUUUGCAGCCCAACCAGGUCAAUCAGCAUCAUGACUAUGACCAACAUUUCCAACAAUUCCGACAUUUUCCUCACUCGCGUUCUUUGUCGUUGCGCACUCGCUUCGAUGGCCCCACCGAUGAAACAGCCAAUCUAACCACCAAACGCUCCUUAUUGCACCGCGCCCGGCGAUCCGUCUUAAGCUUCAGCUCACCCAGCCCCCAAGCUUCUGAAUCUCCCCAUGCCUCGAAGAGGCCCAGACAGGACGAAUUACACCAAGAUCGCCCUGAUGUGAAAAGAACAAUGCCAUCAAGUCUGGCUUAUUCUGGAGCGACCAGAACCCUAAAUGAAAAUGGUCGUUCUCUCAACGGCACUUUAAACGGUACUCAUCGGGGGAUCGAGGACAAGCCCUCGAUGGACGAGGGCCGCCCAAAGAACGAGGAUGUGUUCCUAAAUAUUGCGAGAGCUGACUCCGGCCGUCGCGAUUCAGUAGGUCGCUCGGAUUUUAGACGGUCACGGCUUGGUUAUUCUAGCCAAAGUCUACGGUCGCCAACGACAGAACAAACCCCCUCACCCGAUCAGCGGUAUAGCAAUAUCGAUAACCCCUUGCAUUUCCAACCCGAUUCCCCCACUGCCCCCUACAGCUCCAUCCACACUCCGGCGUCAUCCGCCCACCCUCUAGAUGAUCCAGGUCGCUUCCGCUACAGUAGCCUGGGAUCCGGUGCGCGAUCUGCUGUCGGCGUUCCACGAAGCCGCUUCAGCCGCACAAGCCCAGAAACUUCACCGCGCACACCUUCUGCUGCCGAGGAGCAGGAGCAUCGGUCCUCUCUAAACGAUCCGCGCAUCAAUCGCCAUUCGGGACUCUCUACAAUCCGAAGCAGUCGGCAACCUUCUGCCUCUGAAGUGACCGGGCGCCCGCGAGCCGAUACAGAACGAUCGCGCGCUGAUGGAACCGAGUCGACAUUGUCCACCACGGCCCCAUCCACCGUUUGGGACGAACUGGAUGAUCUCAAAGAUCGGAUCAAGAAGCUGGAACUGACAGGGAAGCUACCUCCAUCAUCUUCGGCGGCGAUGUACACCCCUACCAAUGAGAGACCGCGAACUGCAAACACAGCCGUUACCACCUUAUCCUCCUCACCGAAGCAACGCCGCAAAGCCAGCGUCUCAACUGCAGAUACCGAACAUAGCCCGGUGCACCCAAUUCUGCAAUCCGCAUUGGCCAAGGCAAAAGUUGUCUUGAGCGGUGACGUGUAUACCUCCCUCGAAGCGACGAUAACCGAUGCUUUGAACCUUUCCACCGCGUUGGGCGUCAAUGCCGCUCCAUCGGGCACAGUCUCUGUUGUGAAUGGAGGGUACAGCUCACCUGAACGACAUGCCCGCCGCAAAGCGGACAGUGUGUGCCGUAGCCUGACCGAGCUUUGCCUAGCCUUGACGGAUGAGCAGCUAAAGAUUGUCCGACCGUCGUCAAGCCGUGAGACAGGCGUGCAGCCCCAAUUAUCCAAUGGCACAGGGGUCGAUGCUCGUAUGUCCAUACCAACGUAUCAGCGAAAUGGGAACCAGGAGCCCGAAGGAGUUGAGCGGCGCCAUAGCACGACUCGCAUCUCCAGUCACCUUGACACACGUCGAGCAUCCCUGGUCAAUGCCAGCCCUGGAAACACGACGGACAUGAAGCAGAGUCCAAGCCAAUCUCCCGGCAUGUCUAACCCAGCCACUCGUCUCAAUCGCAUGUCAAGUUCCCUCCGCAGCCGCAGGCUGACCAUUGGCGAGGAGAUCGGGGAGACUGAAAGUCCGCAUAGUCGUUCGGUCUCCAGGGCCAAUACAGAAAUUGGCACACCGCUUCCUGCGCAAGCCAUACCCCCUCCUCGGCAACGAUUCUCCCAAGGUCACACUGUGGCCCGCUCUAUUUCCGGUGUGCAGCAGGACCAGAGCGGCUUCGGAUACUCCCCCCGCUCCCCGCAAUACCAAUCAUCACAGGUCCCCCAGCCGCAGGUGCAGCCAUCACAACCUCGGACACCGACUCUCUCAUCGAGUCUCUCAUUCCGCCGAAGCUACAUGAACCCUGCUACGUACACUCCUGCGACAUCCCGCUCCAACAUCCAGGCUGGGUCUCGCCGUUACGGCCUAACGCCUAGCUUCUCUUCCAAUAAUGUACAGGGAUCUCCUGUCGAAGAAAGUCUACGCUCGCCCCAAAUGGAGCCCUCCCAGACCAGAAUUUCGACCCCAUCGAGCAAAGUGGCAACAAGCUACACCCCAAUCCAAACACCACGACUGCGAACGAACAGCUUGGGCGCACGGAGAUUCGGUCUUCGAAACCGUGCCCCGGCUACCCCCAACAAUGUAAACCUCGACGACAGCAUCGAUUAA